AAGAAAAGAAUGUCUCAUAUUAUUGCACAUGAUGUAAAUAAAAAGCCACGUACAAAGGAUAUUAAAAUACAGGAGGAUAUUACAUUUUUCCAAAUGGGAUUUUCCCAAAAGAUUUUAGAUGGGUUAUCUGUAUGUGGUUUUCAAAGGCCAUCACCUAUACAAUUAAAAGCAAUUCCAUUAGGAAGAUGUGGUUUUGACUUAAUAAUACGUGCCAAAUCAGGGACUGGUAAAACUUUAGUAUUUUGCAUAAUAUCACUUGAAAUGAUUAAUAUAGAUAUAUCAUCUGUACAAGUCUUAAUAUUAGCACCUACUAGAGAAAUUGCUGUACAAAUUGCACAAGUGUUUUCAUCUGUAGGUUGUGAAAUGAAAGGUUUAAAAGUUGAAGUAUUUAUAGGAGGAAUAGCUAUAGAGAGUGAUAAAAAAAAGUUAAAUAAAUGUCAGAUAGCUGUUGGUGCUCCAGGCAGAAUUAGACAUUUAAUUGAUGAAGGAUUUUUAAAUGUUGAAAAUGUUAGAUUGUUUGUUCUCGAUGAAGCAGACAAAUUAAUGCAAACUAGUUUUCAGAAAGAUAUUAACUAUAUCUUUUCAAAAUUACCAUUAAGUAAACAAGUUAUAGCAUCAAGUGCAACUUAUCCAGGAGACUUAGAAAUCUUCUUACAGACAUAUAUGUGCUCUCCUAUUUUAGCUUCUCCAGACGACAAUGAAUUAACUCUUAUUGGACUCAAACAGUUUGUAACAAUUGUUCCUUCUCAUCCAAAUGCUAUGAAACAGAUUCAAAUAAAGGUAGAUGAAUUAAUAAAAAUAUUUAAGAAAAUUCCAUUUAAACAAAGUUUAGUUUUCUCAAAUUAUCAAACAAGAGCUCAGUCUGUAUGUAACAAGAUUAAUUCUGUAGGGUUUGCUGCAACUUUUAUUGCUGGAAAUCAAGACAUGACUGAGAGACUUGAAGCUAUCAAUAAAUUAAAAACUUUCAAAUGCAAAAUAAUGCUAACAACUGAUUUAACUGCAAGAGGUAUAGACGCCGAUAAUGUAAAUUUAGUUGUAAAUCUUGACUUACCUAUAGAUGCACCAACAUAUUUGCAUAGAAUAGGGAGAGCUGGACGUUAUGGUUGUUAUGGAGUUUCUAUAACAAUAAUUGCGGAAAAUGAGUUGGAAACAUUAAAACAAUUACUAUUUUCUAUUGGAGGUUCAAGUUUUUAUUUACUGAAACUUCCUUCCAAUUAUCAAAAUGAUAUUUGGGCCACUUCCAGUUCAGAAUUUGAGAAACUUUAUGCAAAAUCUGAUAUUAAUGAUGAAAGUGAAUUUAACGUUAAUACUAAUAUGGAAUUACAUAAUAAUAUAAAGUCAGAAAAUAGUAAGACGAUGAAUAAAGAAGAUGUAGAUAACAUAUCAUUUCCUGAUACACAGAAAACGAACAAUAAUAUAAUUAAGCAUGUUAAUAACUAUUAUAAUGUUUCUUGUUCAAAAAAUUCACUUAAUUUACAAAAGAAAAUAAAAGUUAAUUCUUUAUUUAUGCCAAAGACUAAUAUAAUAAACGAAUCUCAAUGUAUUGAAGAAGAUAAGAAAGAGUCUACAAAUACAACGUCAUAUAAUUUUUCUAAACCUAAAGUUAUACAUAAUUUUACAUUAAAUUUUUCAACAAAUAAUCUGUCUGACUGGCAAAAAAGUAAUGAAAAUGUGGUAUUUAAAGUUGAUUUAUCAGAUGUUAAAGAAGAUGAUUUAUCAAGUUCUGAUAUUGAUAUGAUUGUUGAACAUACAAAGUAUAAUCCUCAUGGAAAAAAUACAGAAAAUUCUUCAUUAUGUGAUAAUUCUAUAAAAGUUAAAUUAUAUUCUGAAAAUACAAUUUCUAAGAAUACUAUAUGUAAUGAAAUAUGUCAGCUGGAUUCAGCACAAGAAAUUCAUUACAUUGAGGAUAGUAAUGCAAUAGCUGAUACUGCAAUUGUAUCAAAUAGUAUUCAAGAGGACGUGGAUGCUUUUGUUCUAAAAGAAUUAAAUUCUUGUCUGUUCGAACAUGUAAAAAAGUUAAGUACAUUUAAUGAUGAAUUGUGUUUAAAUGAUGAGAAAAUGUUAUUAAAACAGGCACUUACUUGGAAACAAAAACUUGAUUUUGAGAUUAAAUUAUUAAAUAAAACAAUGGAAUUCAUGAAAGAAUCUAUUCAAAAAUUUAUAUAUCAGGAACAUAUUGAAAUGCUUCAAGUAUUUUAUAAAAUACAAAAGCUAGCUCUCUUAUGUAUUUAUCCAGAAAUUCGAAACGAUGAUGAAAUAAAUGAUACCUAUUUAUAUUUUACAAUUUCUACAAAUAAAAAUAUACUUGGAAUAUAUAGUGAAAUAGAAAACUUCCACAGCUCCCACCGAAAAUCUGGAACAGGAUUUAACACAUACUUUCCAUACCCUGUCAAAAUAGAUUCAUAUAUGCCAAACCUUAUGAUUUUGAAAACAGAUAUAAAUCAGUAUCAUACGGCAUUACACUAUUUACAUUCAAAUCCUUAUCCUAGAGAAAAGUUAUUGCAAAUAGUAAGUUUUGUGGCAUUCAUUGAUGAAGUCAAGAAAUAUAACUUGAUAGAAAAAUUAGAAGCUUCAAAAAGUUUUUCAUUUAAUAAAUUAUUAACAGUAAUAAAAAACGAAUUAUGCAAUAAAGAUGUAGAUAAAGAUAGAUAUACAGAACAAGAAAAUAAAUCAUUAAAAUAUCUUGAUAAUACAGAUCAAGAUAAAAACGUUAAUUUAAAGGAUGAUAUUUUACAUAAUGAAUUAGUCGAUAUUCAAGAUAUAAGUGAUAUCACCAUUGAAGAGGAAAACAUAACGCUUAAUCAUGAUAAGUGGAAUAAAAUGAGUAAUAAUUACAGUCCUGAUAAUUCAGGUAAUUCAGUGUCAACUGAAUUUACUUCAGACGACUCUAUGAAAAUAGUAAAAUUUACAGAGUACGAAAGUUGUAACUUGUGUAGUAGUAUAUCAAAUACUUCUUCUAAUGAAAAUAGUACUCUUCCGGAUUAUAAAUCUGAAAAUGAAAAAAUAUGUGCAAAACACAAAUUUCAUAAGCAGAACAUAAUUCAGAAGCAAGAUGAUACGAUUAAAGAAAAGGAACAAUUUUUGCACGAAGUGACAGAAAUUCAUUUGAAUGGCACGUCAUGUAAUUCAGACAAUAGAUUAUCUGAUGGAACUAACAUGUAUGAAAAACAGUCAAAGUCACGAAUACAACUAGAUUUAUCAUCUAGGUCUUGUCAAGAUAUUUCUGUUUCUCAAGAAUUAUGCAUAAAUAAUGAAUCACAUAAUUUUAUAUCUGUUUCUAAUGAAAGUCGAAAUUACAAUGUAAAAAAUAUAUCCCAGAGACAUUCAGAUGAUAAUGUUACAACUGAUAUAAUUGAUAUUUGCAAUACUAAUUGUUGUAAUAAUAAAUUACAACAAAGGUCAGAAAAAUCUGCAGAUACACAAUAUGAUACUUCAUUUUACAAUUAUGUGCAUAAAGUUCCUGAUACUAACCAAAUGGAAAAUCAUAUAUAUUCUCCUAGAAAUUCCUUAAAUUAUAAUUUUUCAGAGAAUACACAUAAUUUUCGUUAUCCAUUGAAUGAAAGCGUUAAUGAAACGGAUAUUGAUCAGUUUUUAUCAUUAUUAAGAGUUGAAACAGAUCGACUACAUUUAGAACUUUAUAAAUCAGAAAUGUUUCGUAAUUUAAUGACAAAUCGGAAUUGA